UCCAACGGGUAUUCAAAUAAGCAGACGACAUUGAACAACUAGCAGGUAAAUACACACCUGAGAUAUAUAUUGUGUUGGCCUAUAAUGUAGCGCAUUUGUGUUCGCUCAGACGUGACAAUUCAUGUUCAAAAUGGAGUAGAAAAGGACAUUUCAAGUAUUUGUUGUUGUUGUGGCAAAAUAUUAACGGAUUUAUGGCGGUUCCCAGCGACGUUACUCUUCCGCAGCCUAUAUGGGGCACGGAAGCUGUGAAUUUAAAGGAUGUAUUAAUGCAGUAUGAGUUACCAACCGUCGCGAGAGUGGUCAAAGGCCAGUUUAUGAACAUUGGUACGUCAAAGUUUAAUCCACUGAAGAAAUUGCAUCAAGAUGUGCUUGUCCAUUCAAUAAAAACAGGAUUAAAAGUGUUAGGACAUAGUGUUACUAAAGUAGAAAGUCGAGACCGACGGACUACUAGGCUUGUACCGUUAGAACAACGUUUAUCAAUACCAGUGACUUACAAGGGCUGGUUUGAGCUCUUGUCAGAAGAUGGCCGAUCUAUUAAGCCUAUCGAAAGUGUGCAGGAGCUCGCCAAGUUGUUUCCAAAAGUGAAUAAUGUUCUAGUCCGCCAAAAUUUGAAGGCUUAUCUUGUCAAUGAUACAGAUGGAAAGAUGACAUUUGACAAGACAAAAAUCGUGAUAGCUGGAGAACAGUUGAAGGUGCUGGGUGAAGUACCACUUCAGCUUCCAGCUGGCAUGGAAAGAAAAGUUCGAUUACUCAAAUGUGUAGACUCAAAAGGCGAGAAUGUGUUCUUAAGUUUUGACCAGAGAGCUUUGUUUACACCUAUAGCUGGGGGUGAUGACGUUAUGGGAGUCUUCAUGAUCAAAGACGUUAUUCAUAAAUUUCGGCUCCCUCUUACUGUAAAACUGAUACAAGGUGUAUGGCCUAAGGUUGAUUCAACUCGAUUCACUGGACUUAUAAGACUGGAUUGGGCAUAUACGGAUGAAACAGCUUUCGUCUGCCCACUUGAUCGCAACACGCCCAGGAUAUACCCAAUACCAACAGAGGUCAGUCUCCGACUUGUGACAGCCGUUAAUAACAGUGAAUUGAAAGAUAAUGAAGCAUACACAAACAUCAUGGUUAAAUGUAACAGGCUUGUCGCGAACUAUCACAAUACUAUUCAUCUGAUAAUAUCAGUGCCCGAGGGGGCCGUGAAAGCCAAGAGCCACGCAAGAGCAAAUAUUUAUUCAGACACGAAUUCAAAACCAGCUCAGCCAGUAAAAUCAGCCAGUCAGAUGAAACGCUCGAGAAGCAGAGAAGACAUUCUUAACGAUGAGUUAGAUGAUCUCUAUGGUUACUUAAGAGUAGGAAAACAGCCACCAGUUGGGAAAUUCACGAGGGACUCCGAUGAGGAGACCUACUACGAGGAACCAGAGUUUGAACCCAUGACAAAAUUUAGAUCACGUUUGGAUAUGUUAAACAAAGGGGAUGUAACAGGUAGUCAAAAAGACACGAAAUAUUCAUUCAUUGACCCACGUGCGGCACUGGACGCUAACCACAAUCGUUUAUCAAUGUCACCAGUUAAUGGUCACGUGACAAAUCCAGCACCUGGUACCCCACCUGAGCUGCCCCCAAGACAGUACAAACGUGCGGAUUCAUCACCUCAAAUUUCCGUGAUAAAAACAGUCAGUAACGGUUCUCCGGCAGGGUCGGCCUCAGGGGUACGUGUAAUUAGUGCUCAAACUCAUGUCCUUAACAGGCGGGUUUCAAAAGAAAAUAUGAGUAAAGAUUCUAAAGGGAGCCGAAGCAGUGGAAGCGAUGAGAGAAGGGACUCUGGGUCUAGUAAAAAUAGAAGUUCGUCAAAGGGACUAACGUCUCGUAAAACGUCUAUGCCACUCUUGUAUUUAUGAAAAUAAUUAUGUAAAAAUUUUGUUCAUUUGUACAGCUAUAUAUAUUUAUGAAAGUGUUAUGUACAUUUUUAAAUAAUAUAUAUAUAUAAAUAAGUAUUAAAAUCAACAUGGAAUGUAGAUUUACUGCAAAAAAAUAUUUUUGUAAACUCAAAGCUAUGUGUAUUUGUGGUUGAUUUUUAGAAGGUGUUCAAUCAAUAUUUUUGUUAUAAACUGCCAGUACAUGUCUGUUUAUGAAAAUUUAUGUUUUUGUUGAACAUUGGUAAGAGAUAUUUUGUUUAGUUUUUCCAAACCAUUAACCGAAAAUUAACACAAAGACUUGAAAACAUUUUAUUACCACGCUUUAUUGUAUAUAUAAGUCGUAACAAUUUUCACAGUCAUGUAACAAUCGCCAUUUUUACACGACGUUUGCUGUCAAAGUUUUUAUUGCAAAUGAAAUGAUUGUUACGCCAUUAAAUAAAACAUCAUUAAAUUACCUAUCACUAGGACUGAAAGGGAUAGGUUUUUUGUUACUUCGUCGAAUGAUGAGAAAUAUUGCCUGAAGUGGUUCAAUUUUUUGAAACGAAAUAUUGCCAAAAGCGCCUGUCACUGAAACAUUUUUAUAUAGAAUUCAACUAUUUAAGUUGGUGAGAUAAUGAUUUAUCUUGAUAGCAUUAAUUAUAGUGUUAUAAGGCAUGCUGAUUCCAAGAUCAAUAUUGUAUCUGGUAGCAGAUGCUGGUUUCUUUCAAUCACUACCAUUUUUACAAGCAUCAAACGUUCAAAUCGAUACGUCGGCUUAUAAUCCUAUUGCUGUAUAAAGGCCUGGUUAGAGAUUAUAACUUUAUGCGCUUCAGACGCUGUAUUUGGUGACAUAUCGACAUUUUGCCAUCCAAAUUGCACGAUUGUAGCUUUUUAUUCUGUUUUUUGAGGUCAUAGAGUGCAUACAAUUGUUCAUUGUUUCAAUUAAAACCCUACAUUGAGUUUCCAUGCAUUUUAUUUCAGUGAGCAUUUAAAACAGAGGUCAUUUAAAACAUCUUAGCAAUACAAUUCUCAGGAGUGUUGUAUCUCAGAGACUGUUUGCUCAAGACUAUACCCAGGAACAGUGUUCAUUUUUCCGGCCAGAGAUUCAAGUUUAUGUUUUCACAACAGCUCGUAUUGCAGACCGAACAAAGCGUAUUUUAUUUCAUUUAAAAGUAUCGAUUUCAGUAAACAAGAUUGAAGGUUAAAACACAUUUCAUACUGUAAUGACUUAAAAUUAUGGUUUCGAGCUAUUAAAUUUUAUCUAGGAUAUUUCUUUUGGGUAGUAAUCCACACAACCUGGAGACUAACAGAUACAAUUGUAUACAGUUCUGUUAUUUAAUAUCAUAAUAUCUUCCAGCUCAGCGUUAAUAUUUUUCGGAUAAUACUAUUCAGAUCUUUUGAAGCGCAAAAUCAUUUAAGCUUAUUUUUCCAUUAUCUGUAGAAUUACUAUAUUGCUUAAUCAGCACUGUAUUUCAAUAUUUUUGGUUCAUCUAUGCAUGUAAAAGAAGCUAAAACUGUUUUAUUAUUAACAUUUUUUAAAUUUGUGCACUUUCCCUUGCUGAUAUAAAAAUGUUUACCUGUUCUAUUAGUUGACAAUUUUUUAUUGUGCGACAAAUUUUGUUAACCUGUCGCAAUUGUGCGUCCAUCUGUGCGUUUAGUUUACUUUUAAUGAAUACAGAAUGUAAGUUUUACUGAAUACAUAUUUAAAAUAUAUGAAAAUAAGAUAUUCGACAUUGGUUUCCAAACAGGAGUACAUCUGUCUUUAUAGCAAACGUGGAGUACUCCCCAACAAUAUCCAAUCUGUUUUUCACGUUUUUGCUUUACAAUAAUUUAUGUGGUACGAUUUAUUUAUAAUGCUUUAAAAUAAUAAACGGCAUAUUCUGUUAACCACAAAUUUCCCCCAACCUUUAAUGCCCGUCAUCUUGCAAUUUUACAAUUAUUUAUAUGCAUAUGUCUUACUGAUGCGCACCAAAAUAGAUUUGCUUGUUUUUGAUAAUUAAAUUCUUGAGGGAUGUUACGUUUAUUAUUAAUUGACUAAACGCUUUUGUUGCGGUGUUGUGAAUCUGUUUUUUACCCAUAAAACAUUAUUUCCGUUUCUUUCUCUAUUGUUCGGUUCAACUGUGCGAUGAGAUGUUUUACUAUUAUUGCCGAAAGCGUAAAAGUCGUACAAUUAUGUAAUAUUUUUACACUGCAAUUAUUAUUAUAAUGAAGAUAAAGUCAUGAAAUAUCUUAAAAUAUUUUAUAUCUUGAUACUUUCUUUGCAUCAGUAAUACAAUAAAAAAAUCUUAACAAAUAAAGAAAA